AUUGCUCUAGAUUUUAACAAGCAUAUGGAGACUAAAAAGAAGCCAUUGUGAAAGCACAGAGAGAGACAGAGAGAGAGAGAGAGAGAGAGAGAGAGAGAGAGAGAGAGAAACAGUGUUUAACAAGGAGAAGAAAGCAGGGAAAGGAAACAGACUAAGACACAAAGUAGAAGGGAGCAGAUCUGAUUUGAAAAAAUGGCAACUAAAGUGGAAACAAGACUACAUGGACACCAUCAGCAGUUUGAGAACAACAUAGCAGCUGCAAAGGAGCACACUCUGGCUGUAACCAGGGACUACAUUAUGCAACCCAGACUCACAUAUCGGACUGUGUGUGCAGUCAAUGGGCCACUGGUAGUGCUUGACAAUGUCAAGUUUGCCAAAUAUGCUGAAAUUGUAAAUUUUAGUCUUCCAAAUGGGACACAAAGAAGUGGACAAGUGCUUGAAGUUUCAGGUUCAAAGGCUAUUGUCCAGGUGUUUGAAGGAACUUCUGGGAUUGAUGCCAAGAAAACAACCUGUGAGUUUUUGGGUGACAUUCUGAGAACACCUGUUUCCGAGGACAUGCUGGGGCGUAUAUUCAAUGGAUCAGGAAAACCAAUUGACAAGGGUCCAAAUGUCAUGGCAGAAGACUUCUUAGAUAUCAAUGGAAUGCCUAUUAAUCCCCAUACUCGAAUAUAUCCAGAGGAAAUGAUACAGACUGGCAUCUCUCCCAUUGAUGUUAUGAACAGUAUUGCUAGAGGCCAGAAAAUCCCUAUCUUCUCAGCUGCAGGUCUCCCGCACAAUGAGAUUGCUGCACAGAUCUGCAGACAAGCAGGAUUGGUGAAAAAGCAUAAAGGAACAAUGGAUGGCCAUGAAGAUAACUUUGCUAUUGUCUUUGCUGCUAUGGGUGUUAACAUGGAAACUGCUCGCUUCUUCAAGUCAGACUUUGAAGAGAAUGGAACCAUGGACAAUGUAUGCCUCUUUUUAAACCUGGCAAAUGAUCCUACAAUUGAGCGUAUCAUAACUCCUCGUCUUGCUCUAACUACAGCUGAAUUCUUGGCCUAUCAGUGUGAAAAACAUGUUCUAGUCAUUCUGACUGAUAUGAGUUCCUAUGCAGAAGCUUUGCGUGAGGUAUCUGCUGCAAGAGAGGAAGUGCCUGGCCGUCGUGGCUUUCCAGGUUAUAUGUACACUGAUUUGGCUACCAUCUAUGAACGUGCUGGACGAGUGGAGGGAAGAAAUGGCUCUAUCACACAAAUCCCUAUUUUAACAAUGCCUAAUGAUGAUAUUACUCACCCCAUACCUGACUUGACAGGCUUUAUUACUGAGGGUCAGAUCUAUGUAGAUAGACAACUUCAUAACAGACAAAUUUACCCACCUAUCAACGUGCUUCCAUCUUUGUCCCGUUUGAUGAAGUCUGCUAUUGGUGAAGGAAUGACACGGAAAGAUCAUGCAGAUGUUUCCAACCAGUUGUAUGCCUGCUAUGCCAUUGGUAAGGAUGUCCAAGCAAUGAAAGCUGUGGUGGGAGAGGAGGCCUUAACAGCUGAUGACCUACUAUAUCUGGAGUUUCUCACAAAGUUUGAAAGACAGUUCAUUGCUCAGGGCCCAUAUGAAAACAGAACUGUUUUUGACUCCCUGGAUAUAGGAUGGCAGCUGCUUCGUAUUUUCCCCAAAGAACUGCUCAAGCGUAUUCCAGAAAGCAUUUUAGCUGAGUACUAUGCCCGAGACCACAAAUCCACAGCAAAUGCAUUGGGUGACACGAAGCUGUAACGUUCGACACAUCAUAGUUGCAUCAAAAACUACUAAAUGAUUGUGUGUUGUACUGAGUCACUACUGUACUCUUAAUGGUUUUAUAGUAAUUUGAUUGAUGCCGACUUACUUUUAAUUUAAGUAAGUUGCAUGCCUUUAUGUUAAUGCUACUUUACUAUGGAGCUUUUCUCUCAAGGGUUCUGCUGAAAAAGGACAAAUAAUCUAGUCAGACCAUUCCAGUUAACAAACCGGAAUGUAUUUGUAUGUACAUAAAUAAAUAAUGCCCGUGAACUCUUCACUUUGUAAAUGCUGAACCAUGUAAGUUAGCAUUUAUGUGGCUUGCUGAAUAAAUACCAUGCCAGAGCCCUUGAUUAUAUGAAGGAUCAUAAAACUUCAGUGUGGUUACCAGCCAUAUAAUAGACUGAAUACUACAGCUGUAAAAUAAAUGAUUUCCUAGACUAAUACUGCAACAACCACAUAGAAGUACACAGGCAUCUUUUAAGAAUGUCAGGCAUAUGAUGAUACAUUGAGCUAAGAUAUGACUUUCAUUAAGUUCACCUCAUAAAUGUCAAUAUGGUUUAACCAUCUUUGCAGACCUUCUAGGGAUUACUGCUUCAUCCAUGAUCUUUGCUGAGCCAUUUUCAGUAGAGUUCAGAAAUGAUUAUGCAUUACAAAAAUAAGUAUAUCAAGUACAAAUCACUGGACAUGUGUGGUGUCCUGACUAAAAGGAAUGUGGUAGACUCCAGACACACAUUUCUUUCAUAUAACCUUGAUUCUAAAUGAAAUAAUAUUGUUAUACUUCUGCAUGCAUGCAAGCACUAUUUUCAUCUAUGCAUGCUAACACUGUUUUUUAAAAUGUAGUUGUUAAGUUUAAAUGUAAAAGAAAUACUUUAAAACGUCAUCUGACUGUGGAAGUGUAAUGGGUUUUUCUAGUGAUGUCCUUUGUGCUGGCAGGACAUAAUUUUAUCAUUGUUGAGGUAAGAGCUAAUUAGGGUUAACUGGAAUGUCUAAAGACUGUGAAGCAAUUAGGUAACUGCUAACAUGUUAAAUUAAUAGUUUGGCAAAGAUCUAACUACCACUUAGAUAGUAUUUUUACCAAACUAUUUAUUUGACAGGUUGGCAGUUACCUAAUUCUUCACAGUACUUGUUACAAUAACGAUGUAAUUAUGUUCUGCAGCCACAUUAUAGUUAGUGCAGGACAUCGGGAGGCACAUCAGUUACAUUUCCACAUUUGGCAAGAGCUUUUAAUAUAAGUUUUUACCUACUUCUUUUAGAAAUCAGCUUUGUUUUUGUGCAAAAAGAGUUCACAUGUAUGAAGAUACAUACAGACACUGUUUUGUGAAAAAAAAAAGUUUUGCCUCAAUCAUUUGCAUGUGACCUUUACAUUUAUUAUACAGAACAUUUUAAUAUAAGGUGCAAGUCUCUUAAAAUAUGAAGGACUGAAUUAGUGUUGUACUUUUUGAUUACUUUUGGAUACAUCUUUUAAUUGCAUCACUGUUCUGGAAUGUUUAAUUCACAGCAGUUGUGCUGACCUUAAAGUAAAGCUAGAAUUUCACAUUUAGUUACUUACCAGUUAUAAUUUUCCCCUCUUGGAUUCCAGUAAUGUAAAUGUUGACACUUGAUUUGUUUUCAAUAUUUAUUAUUUAUGUUAUGUUGGAUAACACAUUUCAGUUUACAUUCCGAUUGUUCAUAAGUAAAAUGUGAACAUCAAAUACUGGAGUGGUCACAAAACCAAAUAAAAUGAAUAAAGCUUGCAGUUCUUUGAUGAGCA